AUGCUUAUUUCCAUAUGGGGUAAGGAGUUCACGUGGCGCCGGAGCAAGAGCAUUCCCGCUGACUCAUCCCGCCUCUCUCUCGACCAUAGCUCGUUUGACAGCCUGUCUUCUGGGUAUUUAGAAGAUCCCCAUGAUGUUGAAACUACUCUGGCAAUGUUUCAAACGCAUAUUGCAUUAUGCGGAGUCGGAGCUGCUGGAUCAGCUGAAAGAGACUCCUUCUCUUCACUUAUUCAUCUACGAACUGGCUGUGCCUUUGAUGUUGAUAGAUUUUUACAGGGGUUGCCGAAUGCCUCUGGGAUUCCGAGCUCUAGAGAUCCAGAAAGAACUACAUCACAAAAAUGGCCUUCACAAAAUUUGGUUCAAACCUCUUUGGUAACAGAGCUACACCGUCUUGAACCUGCUUUCUCUAAUACCGACCCGGAUUCCUACCUCCGGGCUACACUGUCACUGUUGCCCCGACUGUUGAUGGAGACUGCUAAUUUGAGGACACUCGAAACAUUUACCAUUAUUGUCACAUAUCUUCUGCCCAUUGGUCACACGAGAACGGCGGACUUCCUACUAGCAGUCGCCGUCCGCAUUCUUUACAAUCUAGGGGGAAAUCGUUAUUCUGCCAUUCGAGAGGCAGAGGGGGUGCAUCUACGCGCUAUAUUCUGGCACUGUUAUAGUCUGGACAAGGAACUUGCGAUCCGUUUUGGACGCCCACCCUUGACAAACGACAUUGACUGUGACUUACGGCUGCCUGACAACUACAUUUCGUCCUGGUCGCAUGACCAUUUCUUCCAUCGCCCAUUAUCUUCUCAGGUUCUCCUAUAUACGUCGGAUCUUCGCCUCGCGCUGAUCAAAUCAAAGAUCUAUGCUCUCCUAUAUUCCGACUACGGCCGCGCGCAACCUGAGGCUAGGCGCCUUCAGUAUAUUCGCGAAUUGGAUGAAGAAUUAAACGCUCUAAAGUCUAGCUUUCCUGCCAGCUGCUGGCCCGAUGUCUUUGCAACAGGAGAUGCACCAGAUUACACAUUCCAUGAUCUAAGCUUACGGGGAGUCAACCUACACCUGGAGUACUACUUCUGCUUGGGCAAAAUCCACGGAGCAAGCAACGCCUACAGUCUGACUUCUCCACAUAGUUGGACCUUCCUGCCUUCUAGCGCCGAGCUAUUCUACCAAGAAUCACGAACCAUGCUGUUGUAUAUAUCUCGAAUACGACACUUCCUCAACUGGCAUACUUACUGGAUCCAUGCUCAGUUUAUAUUAACUGCCGUCGUAUCACUUUUCCGGCACCUCAUCACCUCUCCCACGGCGCACACCUUCGCCAGAGACCUCCAGAUCCUUGAGAAUACAGCGGAGACCUUUUCCGACCUUGACCACACGGCUGGCUUCAGACUCCCCGUAGGCGACGUCCUGAUCCACGCCGGAGACCUGACAAAUCAAGGAAGCAAAUCCGAGCUUCGCAAAACCAUGAACUGGAUCGCAGCUGCGGACUUUGAAGUCAAGAUUGUCAUUUGCGGAAACCACGACAUAACCCUCGACACACCAUUCUACAAACUUCACGGGCCAAAAAUCCACAACAAGCAGAUCCAAUCCCCAUCCGAAUGCAUAGACAUUGUCACCAACGCCUCGCCGUCUGUCGUAUUCCUCCAGCACCAGUCAGCACUAGUGCGGCUGCGCCGGCCUAAUGGGCCAAACACCGUCUUUAAGGUCUUCGGCUCGCCGUACUCACAAUGCGGGGGCUCCUGGGCCUUUCUAUACGAGUCCGACGAGGCCGAGAGCCUCUGGAAACAGAUUCCAUUGGAUGCUGAUGUUGUUGUCACACAUAUGCCGCCUCACUUGCAUUGUGAUAGGGCAUCUGGGGUAUCGAUGGGGUGUUUGGGCCUGAAGAGGAGGCUGCAAAUGGUUAGACCCUGUCUGGCUGUUUGUGGGCAUAUCCAUGAGUCAAGGGGCUUUGAGCGGGUACGUUGGGCCUCUGUAUCCAAGGAGGGUGAACAAGAGGGUAAAAAUGUCGGGGACCAAGUGGUAAAAGGUGUGCUUCCGCCUCAGGGGAGCAAAAAGCAAAGCCUUGUUGAUCUGACAGGCAAACGAGCCUCGAAGCUUGAUAAUGAUGGGUUCUCCGGGGCAAAAGCUUCUUUCUCGUCGCUGGACUCCCACCAAGAUGUCGCUCUACUUCCGCCGCAAGCCCCCAAGGAGGGUCAUGGGCUCUCAGCUUCAGACAAAACGCAAUCCGAAGCUCAGAAAACUGACACAGAGGGGCUCCAAGCGCAAAGACGCGAAACAUGCGUUGUCAAUGCUGCCAUCAUGGCGUCUAACUGGCCGCAUCGGGGAGGCAGAAAGUUCUACCCAGGGCCUAUAAUUGUUGACCUUGAGCUGCCGGUUUGGACGGAAUAG